AUGCUACAAAUCCUUCAAAAGCAACAUGAUCAAAUGGCCCAAUUACUAUGUUAUAAUGUGUUUUUAAUUAAAGAUUGGUCAUUACUUAUUAAGUUAACAGAUAAUUUUUAUCAAUAUGACAUGGCUAGAGAAGAUGACUAUGAUCAACUGCAAUCUCUGUUGUCAUCAUUAACCAAGACAACAAAACUACUUUCACCUGAACCAUUGUCAUUUCAACACCUAGAAAAGUUUAGACAAACCUCUAAUAUUCAACAGAAACAAGGAUCUAAACAAAAAUUUGAACUUGGAAUGGGUUAUGCAAAGAAAGCUCUUGAUCUUGCAAUUUGGGCUAAUAAAAUUAAGGAGUUUAUUGAUCAAAUAGAGAAAUUUAUUGAUGAAAUAAAAGAUAAAUUGUUCAACAAACAACAUGAUACUGAUCACUUGUUUAUUGGAGAUUCAUUAUAUGUAUCACACAAAGGUUAA